CUUCAGAAUUUUAAACUAUCUGAAAGGGAGGAAGGUGGAAUCUCAAUCACUGACGAUGAUAUCAGCGCAGGAAUUCAAGAAUGUUCUCAGAGCCUUUUUGGUCGAAUUUAUGGUGAGAAGAGGGUCAACUUCACAGGCAUGAGGAACACACUACAGACAGUUUGGCAAACCCAGAAGCCGGUAACUGCUAGAGCUCUGGGACAUAACCAAUUCCAAUUCAUAUUCCAAACGGAAGAAGACAAAAAAAGAGUGCUGACUGGCAAGACUUGGUCGUUCGAUGGCCAAUACUUGUUGUUGAAGGAGUGGAACCCAACAGAAGAAGGACGAACGGAAGAAGCAGACACCAUCCAACUAUGGGUACAGAUAUGGGAUCUACCACUUCACUGGGUCUCCGCUGAGAUUGGUCUCAAAGUAGGGAAACUUUUCAAGGAAGUUCUGGAUGUGGUAGUGCCGGAUAUGGGAGUUUAUGGAGGAAGGCUGGUCAAAAUCCUGGUGGAACUAAAUUUGAAGGACCCCAUCCUGCGAGGCACCCAUAUUCGUCUUGGAGGAGAAGCAAAGUGGGUACAUUUUAAAUAUGAGAACCUGUUAACUUUCUGCUACUAUUGUGGAAGGAUUGGGCAUGCAGACCGUAAUUGUGCUAUAAAGAAAGAAGAUAUCAAGAAGAAUAGCCUAAAUAUUGGACAAUUUGGUGAAUGGUUAAGAGCCUCAGUGUUUGGAUACUUGGGGGGUAGAGGUAAUGUGAAUAGUGAGAGAAGUGACUCUGGCCUCAAUGCUGAGGGACGGAAAGAACCUGUUUUCUCCUCUGAUCCUCUUGUUGAGGAAAUAGAGGGUUACCCUCCCAAAGGGAGGGAAACAAGACUUGUGCCCUCAGAGUCUGAAGCUAAAAAUCAGGCUUUGACUCAAGGAAACAAAUCUGCUGAGUUUGAAAAAGGGGAGAGUGAGAGUCCUGUUGAUGUCUCCUUAAGAAUAGUGGUCUCUAAUAAUCUGGAUACUAGAAAAGAGCAGGCUGAAGACUUAAUGUGCUUAGGUAAUUUAGUGCAAGUCCCUGUCCAAUUAGCUACUAAAAGAAUAAUUGAUGAUCUAACUCAGCCAUAUGACAGGAAAAAAU